AUGGAGCGGGGCGGUGGGGCGGAUGGUGCCGACACCGGGGGGGCCGGUGGCACGGCCCCCACUGAAGCAGAGGGCAGCGCAGCCCCCGCCGCCCCCCAGGCUGCCCAGCCCCAAGGGGGGACGAAUGAGCUUGGGCAGGAGAAAGCGGCUGGAGGAGGGAAACCAGAACCUGAGCGGGGAACAGCCCUGUCUGCUCCAGAGCCCCGGGAUGGACGAGAAGCAGUGCCAGGACAGGAGGCUUCGACAGCGCAGCACAACGGAGAACAGGCACCAUCCGCGGGGGAGAAGGUGCUGGCUGCCACCGAGGCCCAGGGCGUAGGGAAGGAGAAGGAUGAGCCUGGGAAGACGAAAGCUCCAGCUAAGAAAACUCCGGCUGCAGGAGAACUCAAAGGAGGAAAGGCUUCAGCUGCUGCCAAGGCUAAGGAUGGAGAGAAGGAUGAGCCCAGGGAGGAGAAGGCUCCAGGACAGCCUGAAGGAGGGCAGGCAGCACCCAUGGAGGAGAAGGGCCCAGCUAUAACUGAGGCUCAAGAUGGAGAAAAGGACAAGCUCAGGAAAGAGCAAGCCCCUGGGGGGUCAGGGGCUGAGGGUGGUGGGAAAGCAGAGCCCACAGAGAAGAAGGCUCCAGCUGCAGCAAACUCUGAAGGAGGGAAGGCAAAAUCCACAGAGGAGGCAGCCUUGGCUGUAGCUCAGGCUCAGGAUGGAGGUAAAGGAGAGCUUGCAAACGAGAAAGCCAGAGUGGUUGCAAAGGAGAAGGUCCCAGCCACUGCUCAAGCUUCGGAUGGAGGGAAGCAAGCUGCAAAAGCAGAGCAAGCCCCAGCUGAUAACAAGGCUCCAAAGGAGAAAAUUACAGCUUCUGUGAAGGAGAAGGCCCCGGCUGCUGCAAAGGCUCAGUGUGGGGAGAAUAAAGUGAUAAAAGCAGAGAAAGCUCCAGCAGUAAAAAAGACUCCAGAUGGAGGCAAAGAGGAGCCCAUGAAGGAGAAGGCUCCGGCUCCCACAAAGGACAAGGCUCCAGCUCCUGAGAAGGACAAAGCCUCAGCUCCAGUGAAGGAGAAAGCCAUAAUUCCUGCAAAGGAGAAAGCCCCAGAUGCUGCCAUGGCUCAGGAGGGAGAGAAGGCAGCAGCAAAGACAGAAAAAAUCCCAGCUGCAAAAGUGGCUCAAGGUGGAGGUAAAAAAGAGCCUGCAAAGGAGAAAGCCCCAGCAGAUGUGAAGGCGCAGGAUGGAGGGAAGAAAACUGCAAAGGUAGAAAAAACCACAGUUGCAUCAAAGGCUGGGGGUGAAGGGAAAGAUCCUGCAAAGGAGAAGGUCCCAGUGGCUGCAAAGGCUCGAGAUGGAGGGAAGAAAGCUGCUGAGGUGGAGGCCCCUGCAGCUGCAGCAGAGGCUGGAGAUGGGGCUGAGGAGCCCACAGAGGCAGCAGCCAUGGUUACUGUGAAGGCUCAGGGUGAAGGGGAGGAAGAACCAAAGGCAGAGAAACAGCCACCAAGGGUCCCUGAGCCCCCACGCCCCGCUCUGCUGCAGAGCCUGAGCUGCCCAGCCACUUGCCACAGGGAGGAGCAGCCCUGGGCAGAGGUGAAGGAGAUGGAGAUGAUUCCAGAGGAAACCACGGCGGCGGAGCCGAAAGAGGGUCCGACAGAGCCUGGCCCUGCCCCGCCAGCCAUGGGGGACCUGCAGCCCCACAGCACCCCACAAGACAGGACAGUGCCCAGUGCCACAGGGAAGCCCCCAGAUCCCGCUGGGGUUGCAGAGCAACCUGGACCUGAAGGGCAGCCCCCCUCGACAGAGGCAAAGCCACCCCCCAGCCCCUACCUCACCCCUGAUUUUGGGAAGGAAGACCCUUUUGAAAUACUGGAUGAUGUCCCUCCGCCACCAGCGCCCUUCGUGCAUCGCACCGUCACGCUGCACCCUGGCAGCGUCAGCUCCCAGUUCAGCCUCAACUCCAAGGACAUCCUGGGCGGGGGCAAGUUUGGUGAAGUCCACACGUGCACGGAGAAGGAGACGGGGCUCAAGUUGGCAGCCAAAGUGAUCCGGAAGCAGGGACCCAAGGACAAGGAGAUGGUGCUGCUGGAGAUCGACGUGAUGAACCAGCUGAACCACCGCAACCUCAUCCAGCUCUAUGACGCCAUCGAGACUCCCCGGGAGAUCAUCCUCUUCAUGGAAUUCGUGGAGGGCGGCGAGCUCUUUGAGCGGAUCAUCGACGACGACUACCACCUGACGGAGGUGGACUGCAUGGUGUUUGUCCGGCAGAUCUGCGAGGGCAUCCGCUUCAUGCACCACAUGCACGUCCUCCACCUCGACCUCAAGCCUGAGAACAUCCUCUGCGUCUCUGCCACCGGACACAUGGUGAAGAUCAUCGACUUUGGGCUGGCUCGAAGGUACAACCCCAACGAGAAGUUGAAGGUGAACUUCGGCACCCCUGAAUUCCUCUCCCCUGAGGUGGUCAACUACGAGCAGGUCUCCUACUCCACAGACAUGUGGAGCAUGGGUGUCAUCACCUACAUGCUGCUCAGUGGCCUCUCCCCCUUCUUGGGUGAUGACGACACCGAGACGCUCAACAACGUCCUGGCUGCCAACUGGUACUUCGAUGAGGAGACCUUUGAGAGCGUCUCCAAUGAGGCCAAGGACUUCGUCUCAAACCUCAUCAUCAAGGAUAAAAGUGCCCGGAUGAGCGCUGACCAGUGCCUGCAGCAUCCCUGGCUCAAUAAUCUGGCAGAAAAGGCCAAACAGUCCAACCGGCGCCUCAAGUCCCAGCUGCUGCUCAAGAAAUACGUCAUGCGGCGGCGCUGGAAGAAAAACUUCAUCGGGGUGUGUGCUGCCAACCGCUUCAGGAAGAUCACCAGCUCAGGGUCCCUGACAGCGCUGGGCGUCUGAGCUUGGGCUUCCAGGGGGGCUAAGACCAGAGAGGAAG